AACAACUAAUGUGUAGCCGGCGAUCAACUAUAUUACAAGACACAACAAACCAGACACUAGGAGAGAAAUCACGCUUAUGGAUAUAAGUGGAAUGCCAAUGCGUGCAACUUUAUUUGGAGAUUUGGCUACAAAUGAAGGCUCAAUUCUUGAAGCAGAAAUCAAAUAUAGGCCUGUAAUAGGAUUAUCAUAUUUUAAAAUCUCUAUAUAUCAAGGAGAUACAAGCAUAUCGUUGCAAAUUAUUUCAUUAUUAUGUAUCAACCCAAAAAUAGAACUAGCUAGCGAAUUAAGGGAAUGGUUUCACUUGGAAGAAGCUGCAAAAGCAAAAGGAUCUCCAUCGACACUUUUUAAAAAUGCCAAGGAAAUUCAUAUUAGUGAUAUUAUGCAUACGUCACAGAAUUCAAUACAGGUACAAUAUUAUAUAUAUAUUCUUAUCUACAAAUUUAAAUCUAACUAAACUUUGUUAAUAUACAGCCACGGUAUUGCACAUUUAAGGCAAAGAUAACUACUAUUUUAAAUAGGCUCGAACCAUGGUUCUAUGCUUGCAAAGGCUGUGACAAGAAGGUUGAUAAAGAUGUUAGUAAAGAGUGUC